CCUCGUGUCUGAAUCUUGCGAAUCUUCUCACAGCUUCUGCACUGCAUGCGCAGACGGCAAGCGAGGUCAAUUUGUCACCUGGCGCUUACAGACGAAGAGGCCGACGACAUGCUGCCUUCUCCAUAAACCGAAGAUCGCUUUCGUCGCACCCAGCGGCAGCCUGGGAGUCUCUGCUGUCGAGUUUCGUAUCUCCGACGCUCCUUUCUUCUCCUCGCAGGGGGCCUUCACCAGGUGUCUCCUCACUGUCUCCGCACACGCAACUCUCGCCCGCGAGUUCAUCGGCUCCGCGCCUUCGCGCCUCUGCCGCGUCGUGGCGCCUUGUGGCUGUUGGCUGUUUGCAUGCAUGCGCAUCCUUGGCCAGGGGACCUCGGAUAGCCGAAGGUGACCAAAAACGCCCCUCAGAAAUCGCGACGGAAAAGGAAAUACCAAAUCCAGAGGAGCGAGUUGAUCUCCGUACUGGAGGUGCAUCGGGUGCUUCGACUCGCGGCGCUUCGUUCAGUCCUAUGUCUCGUCUCCCUGUCUCAUCCGUAGGUCGCGGCCUGGGAGCAGAAGGCCGGCCUCUCGCUGCGUCUCUGGAGCGCCAGGUGACGAUUUGUUGCUUAGCAUUUUCUUCGCUUUCUCUACCUGGAUGCGGAACGCGACACAAGUGCAGCAGGAAGAGAAGUCGUCUUCCCAUCCCGUGCAGGUUGCAUGCGUUUCCGUGGUCUUCGGCCUCGAGGGUGCUGAGACGCAUGCGUGGAGAGCCGAGAAAGGGCGCGACGAAGGCAGAGGAACGCGCCUGCUGGAGCAAAAGAACAUUUUGUUUGCGUCGCGGCGACUUGGCGCGGCGGUCGCGAGCAGUCGAGAAACCUGGGCCGAGCGACGAGGGGGGGGUCUCGGUGCAAGAACAAGGAAAGAAGACUGGGAGGAACGUAGGUCGGGCGCGACAAAGGAGGAACACCGCAACUGGAAACGACGCUGAAAGUUGCCCAAGAGAAGCCAAACGGCGCCCGAUAAGCAAGCUGUUCUCGGCGUGCUCAACGGAGACGCUUGCGUGGCUAGUUGGGCUCCUGAGGAGACACUAUGGGUCAGCUGAGAAAAGGACAGCAGAGACGCUUCGUGCAAAGUCGCUUCCCAGAUUGAAAGGAACAUGUCGAGAUGGGCAACGAGGGAGUUUUGAAAUCGAAACGGAAAGAGAGAGAAACGAACAGCACAGUGAGUUUCGCAGCGGGGACGCAUCCACGAAAAACAGUGAAGGCCGAACUGCAUGCAGGGGAAGGAACGCGGGAGACAAGACGCAGCGAGAGGAGCACACAGGGACCGACCGCCUUGAAAAAGGAAGCGGAAGACGAUCCCGUCUCGAAGAUGAGGUGCUCCAUACCCUCGCUGACAUUCUUCCUUCUUUGCGUCUGUCUCUUCCUCGACCCCCCACUGUCUCCGCCUCGGGGCCCUGUCCCUCCUCUUCUGUCUCCUUUGGAGCCCAACGCGUUCGAGAGAGCUACUUUGUGGCCGACCUUCAUGAAUCUGCACGCGCCUCUCCCUCCGUCGCUUACGAAGUUUUUUGCGGUGCGCCUGCCUAUCCCUACACUGUCGAUAUUCUUUUGCGAGGAGAGAGGCACGCGUAAGAAAAGCGCAAAAGGGGAGAGUGAGUCGGUGCGUGUGACCCGGCUGAGCUUCAAGGUGCCACUGCAUGCAGGAAGUGGAGAGCCGAGUGAAGAAAUGAUACACCUGGACGCCAUGGUUUCUCGCUAGGCACACAGUGUUCACAAAGCUACAUCUUCCUUCGCUAAGAAGGAGUGCACCACGACUGCAUGGGUCGUCUGUUUUUCGAUUCCGCCAGUUUUGCCUUCUUUCUCAGUCGUUUUCGUUUCAGCCGUUUCAGCUGUUCUUUCUGCCGGUGUAAAAAACCAGACUUCGCGCUAAUCUCUUUUUCCCUAUCGGAAGUCUGUCGGCCGAAACGGAAUAUCAUCCGGCCCACUCCGUCCACCGUCGCUCUCGGCGCAGCUGCUCGUUUAAGCCAUUUCUUUUGCGCGGGAGAGAAGGAAUGCCACGAGGAGCUUUUCUUAGAGCCGACGCUUUCAAAGGGACUGCAGCUUCCAUCGAAACGUACCACCGGUAGGAAACGGGUGAUGUGAGAUCUCUGUUUUUGUGCAUGGCGUUGAAGCCUCGUACUCGCCAAGAAUACACCACGCGAAAUACGAAGCGAAGGUAAAAACUCAAAGGCGCUGCUUUGGUUUACCAUUUCCAUUCCGGGAUACGCUCUGCAGCUCUUCCAAUGCAUGCAUCGGCUCUCCGGGCUCGUGCGCGACUUCUCUCUCCCCCAGCGUUUGUGUCGUUUUCAUGAGGGCGGAAAGCUUCCCUGCUUUUUGGAGGGUCGGUGUCUCCAAAGUGCGUUUCUGGAAGACAAACGCUUCUCGACUCUCUCCCCAGAAACCUCGUAGCAAGCAUCUUGACUCAGAGAUGAUGUCUCCCGGUCUACUGCGGUACUGAGCGCACCCGCAUCUGCGUUUUCCCUCGCCGCUCCGGCUGCUCGUCGUCGACUGCGCCUGCAACGGGAGCUGGAGUCAUUAAUCGUGGAGGUUUCGAAGAGGCGUAGAACCGAUCCGGCUCCUUCAUCACAACUGUCUACGCAGUGCUUUCUGACUUCGGCACGCGCUUCUACACUUGACGGGUCACCAGAAACAUGAACGGCUGGCUUCUGAGGUAAAUAACUAGAGACUACAGAGUGACAGCUGGAAGGCUGUGGCGCACAGAGGUCACUGAAAAAAAGAAACCACAAGGACGGGAUGAAAUGCACUUCGAACCACGCUGUGAAAUACAAGGCGAGUCCGAGUCAAGGGGCUGGAGUCUCAAAAACGAGACGAGCGUGACGCGCGCCGCAUGCCAUCAAGCCUCGCCUUUCUGUUUCUCUCAGUAGGCAUCGAAAAGAAGCCUUGUUGCUGGACAGAAAGGAGAGACACAAGUGAGGAGGGCAACAGUCGCCCUGUGGCAGUGUAAAGCAGAAAACGACUUUCAGGCAUACAGCAAAAAAAAGGUUCCACAUGCAUGCACGAAAUGUUUACGCGCUCGAGAUCUGUCGACCCUCGGCUUCGUUGCACACUGCAGAUUCACAAAAAAUAUGUGUCGCAAACCAAACUACCAUCCACAUCUUUUUCCUCUCUGAUGCACUGCCCCACAGUUUUUUUAUACCUCAGUUCUCUUCUGUCUCUUCCCCCCUAUGUUUUCCUUCCCUCGUGCGCGGCCUGCCACUCCGGUUCCCUCUCAUGGUCUCGCGUCGUCUUGUUUUAUUUCAAAAACCGACUUCAGACGACCUCUCUGGACUUGUCGUUGAAGUGAGAAGCUCGGCAGCUGCAUGCGCUUUAGUUUCACCGUUCUCCUGUUUUCCCUCGUAUGCGAAAAAGGUCUCAUAAGGUGAGGAGGCAACACUGCGUCUCCGCCGCAUGCAGCGCUUUCAGACAGUCGUCUGCGGGUUCGCUGGGUCAGAGGGGAUUUCGAGAACACUGGAGCGCCUCCCUUUCCAGCAAGAAGCUUCCACACGACGUCUGCGGUUCUCUUUCCCCUCUUCUCCCCUUGGCUUGUCGCAAAGCUUGCAAGAAAGAGGCAAUCAGUGCGUCUGUCCUGGCAGCACCAUUUUGGGAUGGUCGACCUUCGAGUACACUGCCUUGAUUUCGAGGUAGGGGAGCAAGCCUUCUUCGCCUCCUUCCCUGCAGAAAAAAAGGCGCAAACGCCUCGAACGGUUUGUGGCGUGUACGGACACUGGGGGAAACGAGGAAACAGACGACAGCAGGAGAGCUGCACCUUAUCAUCACGCCUCCACGAAGCUGACGAGGACGAAAACAAGUCUGCGAUAAGCGCAUGCACGGGAUCCAGUCGCCAGGAAUGGCGCCACAUGUCGGUAUGUUUUUCUCUUUUGAAAGCUGAGAGAAGCCGAGCACGACGGCCCUUUCUUCUUCUGUUCCCCGAGUAAAACACGGUCUGCAAGGGAUGCCCGCGCAUCGCCUUGUUCUCUACUCUUGGAUAAAUGCCAAAUCGCGCAGCGGAGUUAAAUGGAGAGGAAAAGUCGAACCUGGACCGAGCAAACAGAGCCGCCGUCACACUUUGAGCAACGAAAUCCACCCACCUGCCAUAGCCACUCUGUUUGAAGCCCCCAAAUGGCGCCGCAAUGUCCGUCGUAUUGUAGCAAUUGAUGAAUACGUUGCCGGCCUUCAGUCUGCAAAAGACACAAAUGGAAGAAAAAAGGAACACAAAAACAUCAGGUGAUUCGUUUCUCCUUUACGGAUUGUGGUCUCCGGGCUCCGAGUAUCAUCACGUUCUGCGUUCGCAACUCAAAAGCUCUGUUCUGCAUUCCGGUGCCGUCUCCGCUUGACAACGUGUAUGUCUUCUAAGCUGAAGUACCAGUAACGGUGAAACGGAUUCAACCUAACAACACACAAGACAAUGCUGUACUCCGUUUGAGCGUCAACAGACUUUCUUUGUGUACCUUUCUACAGACAAUUGGAGCGAAAAUAAUCUAAGAUUAUGUCUAGGCACAAGAAAUCCUCUGGGAAGGAGUGCUCUGACCGGACUCUUGCCCCCACAAAUCUUUCAUACUUCUGAGGCUUUAUUCAACGCAGAGCUGACACAGCGCUCGCAGUGUCCAUGUGCGCUAGGGUGUAUGUACACGCCGCACCAAAUCGCGCCUCGAGUGUGAAAGUCUGGACUACCUGUUCGCGCAGUGGUAAGCCAUUCCGAUAUCUUUUGUGCAGAUUCCGGCGCCCAGACCGUAGUGCGACUCGUUUGCUCGCUCGAC